AGCCUUUUGACUGGGAGCGUCGCUACCCCACAUUUUGCAACCAUGCCUGGCCCUGUCGCUCAAGGUGAUGGUGCCGGCAUUGUGGCACCGAUGAUGCUCCUAGAUAGGCUCUGUUCCAACUACAAGGCCCACAUGGCCCAGCUUGAAAAGGAGAAGCAGCAGAUCUUUGAGAAUAAGAUUCGCUUCGCACGCAGAGAUGCCACGACUCAGCUUCUCUUCGGCGUGUGCGAUAAGCUUUUGAGGGACAAGGCCGCCCUUGAGGAGCACCGAUUCGAGGAGCACACCGCAGAGCCACACGUGCUCUUCAAUCGUCUCGGUGUGGACUUCCCGCGACGGACCUCAGAAAAGACGACCGGAUUGCUGAUGGGUCUCCCGCGAAGACUCUCAGGCGUGCACCAGCGAGUUCUCAGGAGGUCUUCGCUGCGGUCCAUCUUCGGGCCGUGCUUUGGACGCCCCACGGGCGGAGAAUUCCCGCAGAAUCUGAGGGGCUGGCAGGAAGCUCAAACCGUGUUCAACCCCACGUUCGAGGUCUUGCGGGACAGAUCCUUUGCGAAUGUUCCUGCCACAGAACUGAGCGUCGGGGACAUCGUCUACUUGCAACGCGGUCAUCGAGCGCCCUGCGACCUGAGAGUUCUCAUAUCAUCCGAGGACACGCAAAUCGACGCUUCUUCUGUCAGCAUGACUCCGUGCGAUGUCAGGCAUUGCACGACUCAUUGCACAGCCCUGGAUCCAAAGGCGUCCAGCAACAUCGUCCUCAAGGGCAGCUGGGUCCUUCAGGGCUCCCUGCUGGGAAUUGUUCUCCGACCCUCACAGGAUCCACAUGCCCCAGGUGCCGCCAAAGAGGAGGCUGACUUCGUGUUGGACACCUCUGUGCCGCUUGGCAUGCGGCAGGCCAAGUGCCAAAGUACCUAUGCCACUCUAAGUGUGCAAGCCAGCUGCCUGUGCCGGUCCUUCGAGUCCAUGGUUGAGCUUUCUGAGGUUCAAGCAUUGAUCAUCUUCCUCACUGAGGAUCUGGCAGAUGUGGCAGCCGUGCGAGAUUUGGUGCGCAGCAUGCGAGAACUCGGCAAGGCGGUGUUCCUGGUGGGCGACGGGCAGCUCCUGCGGCGCUGCUCCCACGAGUGCAAUCUGCGCUAUGUAGCCUUGCAAGGCUUGCGAUCUGCCAACAGCACCGGGAUUCCAAGUCCCAGCAUGGACUCCACUCAGUCUGGCAACUUCGAAAGUCCCGGCGACGGAGCCAGGUCGGCCGGUAUGACGGAAGACGACUGUUUGGCUGAAGUGGUGGCCUCCUGUACGGAAGAGAGAGCCUCCGGGGCUUGCAUCAGCGGCAUCUCUGAGGCUGCGCUUGCUCGACUCUGCAGACUGCUUCAAGAUGGCGGGAUGGGAGUGCUGUAUGCCUCCAGCCAAUUGCAGCCCCAGUUCUUGCGAAGUAUACCCAAUCACAGCUCGCGGCCGAGGAUCUCCGAGGUGGUGUCGGCCUGCUCCACCUCGGCUUCGCGAGUGAGAUCGCAGAGCAAUGAUACCUCCGUGGCACAUUGGCCCUCUGCCAAUACGCAAGAGGUGUGCAUCAAUGGGACCAAGACUUCUGAGACGGUGGAGGGCGAGGAGAUGGGGCCGAUGAUGUCCAAAGCACUUUCUCCACUGGUGGUGUCGAUCAAUUCCAAGGGCGUUUUGUCUGACUUUGCCAGCGUGGCAAUUCAACGGUCUGAUCUGCGAUGCUUGGCGCUGGCUCUGCAAAUUGUUUCCAAGGCGGUGCCGCGUGGAUGCUGAGGUCAAUGCAGAUGACCUCAGCGGUUUCGAAGACUUUCUUUCCCUCCCAGAGCUUAUUGGAGCCCUCGGGGCGUCUCGUCGUGGUGCAAGAAGCUUGGGGAGGGGGUUCUAAAUGUGCUGCCUGCUUGGUGUGUGGCGUUCAGACUCCUGUUCG